CACAAUACAAUUGAAUUGACGAAGUGAGCGAGCGAUUGGGAGUGAAUGAGUGUCCUCCUUCCUUGCUGUUACCUGUUGCCUGUUUUGUUGUUGUGUUGGAUAGAUUAUAUCAAUUAAGUAAACCAACAAACGAACUCAACCUUGAUCCACCCAUCCAUGCCUGCCCAGGUCUCAGGACGAGAGGAGGCCGACUGACUGACGACGACGACAGACGACUGACCUAGAGUUUAAUUUGUUUCCUAGAAUUAGCAGUUGGCUUAAAUUCAUUCAUAAAUUAAUUAAUUGGAGAUCCAGUUAAUUUGAGCGCCAAAAUCAGAUCUUGCAAUGGCGCAUCAGAGAACCAAGCUUAUUUUCCUGUUGCUGGUGUUGUGCGCUCUCUGCUAUGCGUUCGCCGCCAUUGCAGGGAAGAGCUAUUAUGAGAUACUCCAAGUCCCCAAGGGAGCCUCCGACGAGCAGAUCAAGAGGGCUUACCGAAAGCUCGCCCUCAAGUACCAUCCUGAUAAGAACCAAGGCAAUGAAGAGGCUAAUAAAAAAUUCGCCGACAUCAACAAUGCCUACGAGGUGCUUUCGGACAGCGAGAAGAGGAGCAUAUACGAUAGGUAUGGAGAAGAGGGGCUGAAACAGCAUGCCGCUAGUGGAGGCAGAGGUGGCGGUGGAAUGGGAAUGAACAUCAAUGACAUCUUUGCCGAUUUUUUUGGUGGGCGCUCUAUGGAAGACGAAGAGAAAAUCGUCAAGGGUGAUGAUGUAGUUGUAGAAUUGGAUGCAACAUUGGAAGACCUCUACCUGGGAGGCUCAUUGAAUGUUUGGAGGGAGAAGAACAUUUUAAAGGCAGCACCAGGCAAGAGACGUUGUAAUUGUAGAAAUGAGGUCUAUCACAGGCAAAUCGGUCCAGGGAUGUUCCAACAGAUGACAGAAGAGGUCUGUGAACAAUGUGCUAAUGUCAAAUAUGAAAGGGAGGGAUAUUUCAUCACUGUUGAUAUUGAGAAAGGGAUGCAAGAUGGGCAAGAGGUGGUUUUCUAUGAAGAUGGUGAGCCCAAAAUUGAUGGAGAAGCUGGAGACUUAAAAUUCCGUAUCCACACAGCACCUCAUGACCGAUUCAGAAGGGAAGGCAAUGACUUACACACAACCAUCACUAUCACACUGGUUCAAGCUCUUGUGGGCUUUGAGAAGACCAUCAAGCACCUUGAUGAUCAUUUGGUGCACAUCGGCUCAAAGGGAAUUACAAGGCCCAAGGAAGUGAGAAAAUUCAAAGGGGAAGGGAUGCCUUUGCAUUUCAGCAACAAGAAAGGAGAUCUGUACGUAACAUUUGAGGUUCUAUUCCCCACGUCACUAACAGAGGAGCAGAAGACAAAGAUCAAGGCUGUUCUUGGUUAGGUGCCGUAUAGGCAGCCUAUAGGAGGAUAUAUAUAUUUUUGUUAGUUCAGUUGAGAUAUGUUUCAAUUGUAACAUGAUGAUGAGAUCUUCAGUACAGAAAGUUAAGAAAAUUUAAGGAGGCCCGAGCUGCUACUUCUUUUUGAGCCCUGAGCCCCAGCUGAGCCCGAGUUUAGUGAAGUGAAAGGAGUAAAACAUUUUACGAUCAUCUUGUAGUUGUAAUAUUUUCCCCAUCUUUGUUACAGUUUUUGAGUUUAGCUGCUGCAUUUAAAUCCAA